CUCCCGGCGCAUGCGCCGAAGAAAGACGCCCGGCUCGAGGCGCGUGGGCGGAAAGGCCGCUCCGGGCACGCAACUCCGUAGCCGGCCCGUCGCGCAUGCGCGGUUGCUGGUCUCCGCCGCCAUUUUCCUUCGCCGUCGGAGGAUGGAGCCCGGCGGGGGCCGCCGGGAGAAGCUGCCGCCCCCGCAGGCGGCGCCGCCCAAGGCCAAGGAGGCCUCCGGAGGGGGCGGCAGCAGCCACAACAGCCGCCUGGAGAAGGCCAAGCAGCGCGCGGCCCAGCAGGAGCUCAAGCAGCGGCAGCGCGCCGAGAUCUACGCCCUCAACCGGGUGAUGACAGAGCUGGAACAGCAACAGUUUGAUGCCUUCUGCAAGCAGAUGCAGGCUUCCAACGAGUGAGGACAUGGGCCACCCUCCCAACAGCCAGGAGGAACCGAUUUCCUCCUGCGGGGCUUCUCCCCCACCCCAACAAGGAUCACAGCUCCCCCCCACUGGGCCACACCCAGCUGCCUGAUGGAACUGGACACCCGUGAGAAGAUAAAUCCUUAACUCCUCUGCCUCUGAGCUGGCCUGUUCCUUGUUCAAAUGGAGUUUCUCUUCUUGUAUUUAAACCCUGGUUUUCUAACCCUAUUUAUUACUUUGGUCUGAGAAAUAAGUUUUUUUAAAAAAUAAUAGUAAUACUAAUAAAGGUUGUCUCAGCAUUUAGAAUAAAUUAA